AUGGAAGUGUCUUUUAGUUCUGAAUCAGAUGAAGACGAAAUUACUGAAGAAGAACUUGACAAAUUAAAAGAGGCCGUAGAAGAGAAAAAGAAGCUGAUUGCUACAAUAAGAAACAAACCUUGGAAGAUGAAACAGAAAUUGGAGGUUCUCAAGGAUGCGCAGGAGUUUGUCGAGAAAUUUGAAGGGGCACUUGGUAAAGGAAAGGGGAAAAGGUUUUAUGCCUACAAAGUCAUGAUGCUAAAAAAAUGGAUGAAAUUUCAGAGAGACUUUGAAAAUUUUAGAACUGCCUGUAUACCGUGGGAAAUGAAAAUAAAAGAAAUUGAAAGUCACUUUGGCUCAUCUGUAGCAUCUUAUUUUAUAUUUCUACGUUGGAUGUAUGGAAUUAAUAUGAUACUCUUUGGAUUGACAUUUGGCCUAGUCAUGGUGCCAGAGGCUUUAAUGGGGAAGCCCUAUGGUUCGAUGCCUAGAAAGACAGUCCCUAGAGCAGAGCAGCCCACUGCAAUGAAUUUUGCAACGCUUUGGGAUUUCAGUGGACUUGCACAGUACUCUGUCCUCUUCUAUGGUUACUACAACAGCCAAAGGACCAUUGGCUGGUUACAAUUUAGGUUGCCUCUUUCUUAUUUGCUUGUUGGAAUUGGAACCAUUGCAUACAGCUUCAUGGUAGUCAUCAGAACAAUGGCAAAAAAUGCACAUGAUGAUGGAGGAGGUGAUGACAACAGCUUUAAUUUUAGUUGGAAAAUGUAUACAAGUUGGGAUUUUCUUAUUGGCAACCCAGAGACAGCUGAUAAUAAGUUUGCAUCUAUUACCACAAGUUUUAAGGAGUCUAUUUUAGAAGAGCAAGAAAACAGAAAAGAAGAAAACAUUCACUUAGUUCGCUUUCUAAGGGUUUUUGCAAACUUCCUUGUGAUGUGCACCCUGGCUGGAAGUGGCUAUCUAAUUUACUUUGUUGUACGUAGGUCACAGCAAUUUGCCUUGGAUGGUCUGGAAAACUAUGGUUGGUGGGAACGUAAUGAAGUGAACACGGUUAUGUCUCUGUUAGGAAUGUUUUGCCCCACAAUGUUUGAUGUAAUUAGUGGACUGGAGAAUUACCACCCAAGAAUAGCACUAAGAUGGCAGCUGGGACGCAUAUUUGCCCUGUUCCUGGGUAACUUGUACACAUUCCUUAUUGCCCUCAUGGAUGAAAUUAACCUUAAGCGAGAGGAAGAGAAGGUUGUGCAAUAUAAUAUGACACUGUGGGAAGCCAGCUUAUACAAUGCAUCAUAUUCAGAAAAUUCUACAGGGCGCCCUUUUGUUGAUCCGUCAGACGUUCCUAGAGGGCCAUGCUGGGAGACAAUGGUGGGGCAGGAGUUUGUUCGCCUCACUGUUUCUGAUAUUAUGACCACUUACAUUACUAUUCUUACUGGAGACUUCUUGCAAGCAGUAUUUGUUCGAUUUUUUAACUACUGUUGGUGUUGGGAUUUGGAAUAUGGAUGGCCAUCAUAUUGCGAAUUUGAUAUCAGUGGUAAUGUUCUGGGAUUAAUUUUUAACCAAGGGAUGAUAUGGAUGGGAUCAUUUUAUGCUCCAUGCCUACCAGCUAUCAAUGUAUUUCGUCUUCAUACUUCCAUGUACUUACAGUGUUGGGCAGUUAUGUGUUGCAAUGUUCCCCAUGCAAGAGUAUUUAAAGCCUCCAGAUCCAAUAACUUCUAUAUGGCCAUGUUACUCUUUAUACUCUUCUUAGCUAUGUUACCAGUUAUCUACACCAUAGUAUCAAUCCCACCAUCCUUCGACUGUGGACCUUUCAGUGGAAAGCAGAGAAUGUUUGAAGUCAUACAGGAGACCUUACAACAUGAUUUCCCAGCUUGGUUCGCAAAAGUGUUUGGCUACGCCUCUAACCCUGGACUUAUUCUGCCUUUCAUCCUGCUCAUGGUCAUGAGUAUCUAUUACCUAAAUGCCACAUCAAAAUCAUACCAGGCAUCAAAUUUGGAACUGAAGAAGAAGCUACAAAAUCAAGCUGAAGAAAAUAAAAAGAGAAGUAAGAAAGCAGCAGAAAAAGUUAUAGAAGCACAAAAUGAAUCACCCUUUCCAUCUUCUAAGUCAACGGAAUCAGGCAAUUCCCCAGGUACAAAGGGAGGUGGUGAGGCAGGGAAAAAAAAUGCUGGAGCAAAGAACUUGGAAGUCCCUCCUCGUAUAGCUGUGACAAAGCCACCAGGUCCAUCUGGAAUAUCUCAGAAACCUCAAGUGGGCCAACGAGAUCUUUAUGAUUGUCAGUCUCAACUUCAUCAUCUGAAAUCUAAAGCUAAGAAAUGCUUUUAG